AUGACUGAAAAUAUAGAGCAGGUCUUAAACUGAAUUUUGAAGCCGCAGUAUAAAGACAAAGCUAUCAGCUGGGCACAAGCUUGCACAAGCGACGAAAUGAAAGGACUGAAACUAAUAGGUGCGAUUUUUAAACAUAAAGGUAAAAAGAAGUUCAGAAAAAACAGCCAUGACCCGAAUACAUCAGCUAGGAGCGUAAAAGCGUUUGAAUCGGAGCUGAGAAAGCGGCAAUUGAUGUCGACUUAUGAAAGCGAAUUUUCGUAUAGAGCGAACCCAAAUACUAAUAUUUUGCAAUACAGGAAACUUGGCGAUAUUCAGUGUAGCGAAAUUUUGACACCUUUGGCAGUUAUGUUUAUUGAAGAAUGGAUUGACUUAAAAGAUGACCCAAAAUACCAGAGCCUUGUUUUGCAGUGCUUGAGGUCAUUAAAUGCUAUAAUAAAAUCAUCAAGCGCCUCAGUGUCUGAAACUCAUAAGUCGUUUUUAUGAAAUGACCCAACUAAAAAUUUUAAACCUCAUAGAAUUUUUUUUUAAAUUUAAAAAUAAUAAAAUUUUUUCUAAAAAAAAAAUUUUUUUUAAGGAACCUUAUAGACUUGAUCAAGUUUCUUCAGCACUUGGAAACCGCUCUCAGAGUGCCUCCAAGCCAUGGGUAAGACCUAACAGUGCUCAACAAGUCGAUACCAAAAUAAAUCCGGUUAUGUUUACGAAAGAUGACUUAAAUAAAAGAAAGCAAGCUCUUAUAUCAGGAAGUGGAAUUAUAGGGAAGUGGGUAGUUGCUCCUACAAAUCCUCAUAUUUCGCAUUACCAAGAAACUUAUGUAACACAUUUCCAUAAGUAUAUGCGUGCUGAUCCUGGCGACAAAUAUACUUCAAUUUCCGUGGGCCGUAUGCUUCCAACCCCAGACAUAUCGAACUUAUAA